AAGGUCCAGAGGGCAAGAGGAUCAUAUGGGAGGCCAACCUCAGGGAAACAGUAGACCCAGCAGGGCAGCCGGCAGAGCAGGGCCCCGUAGCAUCGGAGAGGCACAGCACACCUGUGCUGAAUACCUGAAUAAGGAUGGAGGACAAAGAGAUAGGGACACCUCUGCCCUUGCCACACUCGGAAGCGCGUCUGCAGCCCACACUAGUCCUGACUACCCUAAGUGCUGCCUUUGGCUCAGUCUUCCAGUAUGGCUACAACAUCGCCGUGAUCAACACACCUCACAAGGUGGGCACAAGGUGGUGCUGAGUUGUAUAUGAAAGGAGGCUGAGCAAGCCCUGAGGAGCAAGCCAGUGAGCAGCACCCCUCCAUCCAAGGCCUCUGCAUCAGCUCCAGCCUCCAGAUCCCUGCUGAGUUCUUGCCCUGACUUUUCUCAGUGAUGGGGUGUGACCUGAGACUUCUAAGCUGAAGUGAAACCUUUCCCUUCCGAGGUGUCUUUCUACAAAUGGUCCUGAAGUCGUUUUACAAUGACACGCACUUUGAGCGACACGGAACAUUCAUGGAUGAGAGUACUCUGCUGCUCCUGUGGUCUUGCACGGUCUCCAUGUUCCCUCUGGGAGGGUUGCUGGGGUCCUUGGUGGUUGGCCUGAUGGUCAAUAAGUGGGGCAGAAAGGGAACACUGUUGAUCAACAAUGUCUUCGCUAUAACCUCUGCCGUCCUGAUGGGAGUCAGCAAGGUGGCCCGGGCUUUUGAGCUGAUCAUCCUGUCUCGAGUGCUGGUGGGAAUCUGCGCAGGCAUCGCUUACAGUACUCUUCCCAUGUACCUGGGAGAACUGGCUCCCCAGAACCUUAGGGGUGCAUUAGGGACAAUGACGGAGGUAUUCGUCAUCAUCGGAGUCCUCUUGGCUCAGAUUUUCAGCCUGCAGGCCAUCCUGGGUAAUGCCACAGGCUGGCCAAUCCUCUUGGCUCUCACGGGGGUCCCUGCAGUGAUUCAGCUCCUCUCUCUGCCCUUCUUCCCUGAGAGCCCCCGCUACACUCUGAUUGAGAAAGGAGACGAGGAGACGGCUAGACAAGCUCUAAGGAGGCUGCGAGGUCAAAACUACAAUGUGGAGGCCGAGAUGGAAGAAAUGCGCACAGAGGAGCGCACCGAGCAAGCCGAGGGUCGUCUGUCCGUACUCAACCUCUUCACCUUUCGGCCCCUGCGCUGGCAGCUGAUCUCUAUCGUUGUGCUCAUGGCGGGCCAGCAGCUGUCCGGGAUCAACGCGGUCAACUACUACGCAGAUGUCAUCUACACCUCAGCUGGUGUGGACCCCACCCAGUCCCAGUAUGUGACCCUGGGCUCUGGUGUCAUCAACUUGGUGAUGACUCUCGUCUCGGCCGUUAUCAUAGAGCGUUUGGGGCGACGGAUUCUCCUGCUGUCUGGCUAUGCCAUCUGCUGCUCUGCCUGCCUGGUACUGACCGUGGCACUCCUCCUCCAGAGCACGGCCCCUGAGCUGUCUUACCUUAGUAUCGUCUGUGUGUUCUCCUACAUCGUGGGACAUUCCAUAGGACCCAGUCCUGUCCCCUCGGUGGUGAGGACAGAGAUUGUCCUGCAGUCCUCUCGGACAGCCGCCUUCACUGUGGACGGGGCUGUGCACUGGCUCACCAACUUCAUCGUGGGGUUGACGUUUCCAUCCAUCCAGGUGGCCAUCGGAGCCUACAGCUUUCUCGUCUUCGCUGGCGUCUGUAUCCUCACUGCUGCUUAUAUCUACGUGGUAAUCCCUGAAACCAAGGGCAGGACAUUUGUAGAGAUAAACUGUGCUUUUGCCAAGAGAAAUGGAGUGGAGUUUCCAGAAGAGAAAGAAGUAGCCACGGCCAAGCCUCACACACCGUCUCUGCCUACCAAGGAAACAGCCUUUUGACAGCUCCGAGGACCCAUACAUAGUUCCUUCUCUGAGAAGGGAUCUCGGGGGCCAGACCUUCAGGGAGGGUAACAGCUCUGAGACAUUGGUGCUCCCAUAGCAACCGGAAGACUUUGGAAAACACAGCCCCCGGUUUACUUGGCAGGGUGUUGGCUUCAAGGCUAAACAUGAGAGGGAAGGCGUAGGCGGAAGAGGGCUUAAACGAGUGCUGAUUGAUAGGAGCGGAUUCUCUGAUUCUAUAUUAAUUCCAAAACUUACAUGAGGUAUGGGUGCAUUUUUUUAAGCUAAAGCUUUAUAAGUUCAGGGUAUUCACUUCAUGUUACUAUAAGAAAAUAAUUGGGGCAAUUAACUGAUUUUUUUUAAGAUAGGCUGUGCAGUAGUGGCGCACGCCUUUGAUCCCAGCACUCAAGAG